AUGGGUAGAAUAAUGAAGAAUCCCCCAACUCAGCAGCCAGAAGAUUCUGGGAGAGGAAUAAGAGAGAAAGCUCCUUCAUCCUUCCAGGAAAAAACAGGAUGCUGCGCUGGGAAUCAACAUGGCGCUGGCGCCGCGCACGUGUCCCGGUCCCGCAGCAAACGCCUCGCUCUGGCACCCGGCGCGCGCACACGCACAUGUACACGCAAGCGACGGGAGGGGGAGGCGGAGCCGAGGCGCACGCGCAAGAGUUGCCCUGCUGCUCCGGACCCAAGCUGCCGAGAUUCGAACGGGGCGCGCGAGCCUCCUCCCCCACGCGCUGGUCACGUGGGAAUUUGCCCCUCCGUCUGCCCCCCCUCGCGGGCGCCGAAUUCGGCAUCAUCCGGGUCCCCCCUUUCCCUUGUGUGGAGGCCUCACCUGGCUCCCGCUAUCUCGCGCGCACGGAGCCCGCCGGCAGAGGAGCCGCUUCCCCUGCUCGUUCUCUCCGUGCCGCGCACCAGGCAGCGGCGGGGGCAGCGGCAGCGGCGGCUCCACACAGCGCCUGCUCCCCCCCUCAGCGCGGCGGCUCCUUCCGCUUCCUUCCCCUCCCCCCGCUGCAGCGGGGACCCGCUCCCUGCAGCUCCGCCUGCUGGUAGCUGGGGGAGGCGGCCAGCCGCCGCCCACGCUCGCGGGGUGAGGAUCGGCGCUGCCCCGCGGAGCGGGACGCGCCGCCGAGUGACUGUUCUCCCCGAGUGGCGUGAGGGGGACGGUCUCUGGCUGGGCGCGAGCCGGCCCUGCCCACGGGGACGCGACGGGCGCCGGGCCAGAGGCCGUGUGAGUCAAGCGCCGGGCUGGGGCCUGACUUGGGCCCUGCGAGGUGCGGAUGAUGGAAGCGCGAGGUGCGAGGGAUGGGGCAGAGCGGGUCCUUGCCAUCGAAGGGAAGAUCCUGCAUCACAGACUGUGCCUCCGUGGACAGCCCAGACAGCAGUAGCCAAGACGCCCUGUGCAUGGACACCGCCGAGGCCAUGGACCGAGCAGCCGUGUCAGUUGCAUCCGAAGCUGCCUGCAGAGCAGCCUUUGCAGCAGCGGCACCCUCCUCCACAAGCACCUUAAAUUCCUUCCUUUCAUGCUCCAGAAGGGAGGGUUCGAAUUUGGGCAGUGACCUCCAGAAGUUAAACUCAUAACAGCUAAGGAGGGCUUGGUGGUUGGCCACCCAGAGCUGGAAACUGGACAACAAAUAAAGCUUCCUACCAAAUGA